UUUUCUCUGAAAAGAAGAGAAGGAUGGCAAGGAGAGUUAAUCCGGGUAUUACUAUCAAUGAGGAUAGAUAUCCAUUAGCAGCCUUGGAUGUAAAUUUUUACGAACCAAGAUUCGAUUAUACCAGAGAGGAGAUCGAACACUAUUUCAUCUCGCCACGAAGGCAGCUUGUUUCAAGAUUUGCAUGGAGCAUGGGUGUUUACGAUGAACCAGAAUCGGACGAGGAUCAACCGUCCACCAGUACUCAGGGCUACACACCACCUGAAUUACCGGAAGUGCCUCUUCACUGGUCCUACUUUCGCCAUCGAUACAUCGGACAUGAUGAUACCUUCACCGGUUUAUGUCUCGAUGAUACCAUCACAGAGAUUGCUGUAAAUAGCCUGACUAAAAAGCUCGUAGAUAAGGAUCUGCUCAUAGCUUUCUGUGACGCUGCAGAUGUGCCAGAAGCCCGCAAAGCAGCCCCCAAAAAGCCGAAUUUCUUGCGUCGUAUACUGCGCCGAUGUUUUGGACGAUGUUUUGGACAACCACAUGAAAUGGAGCAGCAAUAGCUUUCAAAUAUAGACAAAACUUUAAAAAAGGAUUGGUGAUUUUGGAGCAAAUUAUUAUCAUCAUUUUUUUAAAAAUAUUUAUGGAUGUAGGAUCUUAAGAAAUGUAAUUUUUUUUAAGUGUAAUAUCACAGGCACCUGACGUAUGCUUGCCGUGCCCCGUUUUUUUUUUUUUUUUUUAAUUUCUGUACCGUUUAGACAAGGUCUGUUAUCAAAAAGCUAAUAUGUAAUAGCUUCUGGUAUAUGUAUUCUCAGAAAGUCGGCGAUGGGGUGGGGUGGGGUACACAAUCGAAACGCCAGGUCCCUGUGGUAAAAUUAUAUGACGCUUCAUUCUCAGUAGUUUAUGUCACAAAAAUACGUACACCAAUCCGAUUAGAUAGAAUGAACUAUUGCAACUUUGAUCGUCUACGCAUGUGCUCCAUGUAACCAUAAGACAGUGCUCUUCGCUCCAUUGAGCACAAUUUUUUUUAUGGAUAAUUUCAUGGAUAAUCAUAAUUUAUUGUAUUAUUAUUAUUUAUUUAUUUAUUUAUUUUUGUAUAUUUGUAAAAAAAAUUCAAUAUUUUUUUUUGUCUGUAUGUUUAACGAAGA